GCAGGAGGGUUUGCGCUUUCUGGAGCAAGAGCUGGAGACCAUCACCAUUCCGGACCUGCGGGGCCGAGAGGGCCACUUCUACUACAAUAUCUCUGAGGUGAAGGUCAUGGAGCUGCAGCUGACAUCCUCUGAGCUCCAUUUCCAGCCAGAGCAGGAGCUGAUGCUACAGAUCAACAAUGGCUCCUUGGGGCUGCGCUUCCGGAGACAGCUCCUCUACUGGUUCUUCUACGAUGGGGGAUAUAUCAACGCCUCCGCCGAGGGUGUGUCCAUCCACACCUCUCUGCAGCUCUCCCGGGAUCCCACUGGCCGGAUCAAAGUGUCCAACGUCUCCUGCCAGGCCUCUGUCUCCAGAAUGCAUGCAGCCUUUGGGGGAACCUUCAAGAAGGUGUAUGAAUUCCUCUCCAUGUUCAUCACCUCGGGGAUGCGCUUCCUCCUCAACCAGCAGAUCUGCCCCGUGCUCUACCAUGCAGGGACCGUGCUUCUCAACUCCCUGCUGGACACUGUGCCUGUGCGCAGUGCUGUGGACGAGCUCGUUGGCAUUGACUACUCCCUCCUGAAGGAUCCCGUGGCCUCCGCCAGCAGUCUGGACAUGGAAUUCCGGGGGGCCUUCUUUCCCCUGGCCGACGGCAACUGGAGCCUGCGCAAUCAGGCGGUGGAGCCCCAGCUGCCCGAGGAAGAGCGGAUGGUAUACGUGGCCUUCUCUGAGUUCUUCUUCGACUCUGCCAUGGAGAGCUACUUCCGGGCAGGGGCCCUGAAGCUGUCGCUGGUGGGGGCCAAGGUGCCCCAUGAUCUGGACAUGCUGCUGAGGGCCACCUACUUUGGGAACAUCGUCCUGCUGAGCCCGGCAGAGAUCGACUCUCCGCUGAAGCUGGAGCUGCGGGUCACAGCGCCACCACGCUGCACCAUCAAGCCCUCGGGCACCACCAUCUCUGUCACUGCCAGUGUCACCAUCGCCCUGGUCCCACCCGACCAGCCCGAGGUCAAGCUGUCCAGCAUGACCAUGGAUGUCCGUCUCAGCGCCAAGAUGGCACUCCGGGGGAAGGUGCUGCGCACACAGCUGGACCUGCGCAGGUUCCGAAUCUACUCAAACCAGUCUGCAUUAGAGUCGCUGGCACUGAUCCCACUGCAGGCCCCUCUGAAGACCAUGCUGCAGAUCGGGGUGAUGCCCAUGCUCAAUGAGCGGACCUGGCGUGGGGUGCAGAUCCCACUCCCUGAGGGUAUUGACUUUGUGCGCGAGGUGGUGACAAACCACGUGGGUUUCCUCACCAUCGGGGCUGACCUCCACUUUGCCAAAGGGCUGCGAGAGGUGAUUGAGAAGAACCGGCCUGCCAACACCAGGGACUCCCGAGCACCCAGUGCCCCGCCACCCUCCAUGGCAGCUGUCUGAGUCCUCAACCCCGACCCUGGCAGCUGCAUUCAGGACUCCACCGUCUCUCAUCCCCUCCCUCACCCCGUCGCAGCCUCUAGUGUCCUCUAACCCCCAGUGCCACAGAGAAGAUGGGG